AUGCGCUAUUACCAGCCGAUCAAAACUCCGAGGUCAGAAACACAGCAAAGGUCGUUCCCACGCAUCCAUCUACGGAACAUCUCCGUGGUGGAUCGGGAAUUAGACAACGACAAGGAAAUGGGUUCGUCUAUUCAAUCGCGGACGGCUUCAUCUCGAGUCCAUCCUGAGGCCCGCAAAGUCCACCCCCGGCCUUCGUCAAGGUCGACGCGCGAUAGACUUUGCGCAGAAAGACAAGACGUGUCGCGUGCUGAUGAUGACCCGGUCGACAGGGCUGAUGAUUCCCGGUACAGAGCACACUUGUCACUAUCAGCCCAGCAAAACGUGUCGCACAUCCAGCAGGAAGAAGCAACGGAAUGGCACUUUGACAUAUACGUCUACGGUCUUCCUUGGUCUGGCCGCUAUUAUCGUCAUCAUUGCAUCGUCUCCAAGUACCGAGCCGAGGCCCCCUUCGUCGCAGGCUCGCAGCGAGUUCGGGAAUUGCAUGUCGACGACGUAAAUCUCGGUUUCGGAGGCCCAUCGGCGUGCGGUAGCUGCAACCGCCGACAUUCAGGGCCUGGCCCGCGCGGGUCAUUGGGCCGAGACGACGGCGCCAUCGAGGAGUCAUGGGGAGGGGGGCUUGCGACUCUGGGUGAAAGCAACGGACGGUACAAUCGGGCUGGCCGCUGGCCCGUCGAUGCCGGCGUCGAUGUGAAUCAGAUUGGGUGGCCUGACGAACGGCGUUAG